AUGCCAAAUCGAAAACUUUCUUCAGGUUAUUCAAAUCGGCAAAUUUUCCAUCGACAACUUGUUCGAAGAAACCAUUUUUAAAGGCAAAUUUGAACACGAACCACAGAGACCUUUGUAUCCACUGGAUCGAAAAAUUAAUUUGUUCAUGCUCAGUUGUAGUUUUGCUUGGAAAAUUUGAUGAGCACCCACGAAACUUUAGUCCGUCCGGGCUGUACCUCGAGCAGCUCUUAUUCGUUCCCUCCAAACUCUCCCGCCCGUAUUCAUACCUCGAUGUACGAAUACCAAACAUGAACCAAUUUUUAUGUAGCUUACCUCUGAUAUUUCUGAACCAUCUCUAACUCCCAUCUUGCAAAAAGAUCAAUUUAUAUUCAGCAUCAAAGCGAAUCGUGAUGGCUAUCGGAGGGUAAUCGAAUUUCUUUGUACCUAAGUAAUUGAACGAUACGUGUUUCAAGUUGUCAAAGUCGAGGCAAUAAUAUUUCUCAAAGUCGGAAGAUUUGACAGGUUUUUUUAUGUUUUAUUUCGAUUUCAUUUCAGGAGCAGCGAACAAACAACACGUCAUUAUGUCCAACAUUAAUUGCUCAACCAACACGCAGAUGACCUCAAACUGUACAGAUCUGGGAACAAAGCUAAGCAAUUACAGCACUCCUUAUGUAAACGGGAUGACAUUUUUCUAUAUUUUAAUCAUCGCCACUUCUCUAACAGCAUACGGAAUCGUCAUCGCAACUGUUUGCGUAAAUCGGCGUUUGAGAACGACGUGCAAUUAUUUCAUCGUCAGUCUUGGCAUAGCGGAUUUAAUGAUCGUUUCCAUGGUUAUUCCAAUAGGCAUUGGCUUGAUUCAGGGAACAUUCCGCUUCAAGUCAGCCGAACAAUGCGUAUUUUUGUCUACAGUGAACUUAGUCAGCCUCUCAGCCGUGUCUUUGAAUCUUUGCACUGUAAGUAUGGAGAGGUACUUCGCUAUUGCCUUUCCCUUCAAAUACGAGGCAUUCACGACGACCAAAACCACCGCGGGAGUAAUAGGCGCUGUUUGGGCGUAUUCAUUAGUUGCCGCUCUGUUACCGAUGAUGGGUUGGAGAACUCGGCCUGCAGCGCUUCGAAACAAUGUCUGCCUCAAUGACAACGUUGAAAGCUACACUCUCUUCAUGGCCGUAGGAAGUUUCUUCAUUCCUGCGUUCAUUAUGUUAAGUACAAACACAAUUGUUUAUCGCAUCGCCACGAGCCAGGCGAAGCGGAUUUUUCGCAUCGUUCCAGUAAUGGGUCCAAGCGCUGAAAAACUCCGUAAAAAUUUCCGAGCAGCGAAGCGCAUUUCUCUCAUUGUGGGUGCGUAUCUCCUUUGCUGGGUCCCUCAUAUGGUGGUGCUGGUAAUGGGGCUUAUUAUAGGGGCACGCAACAUACCACUUUUUGUGUACCCAAUCACUUUGUCCCUACAAUACAGUUGCUCGGCUGUGAACCCAUGUUUAUUCUGUUUUACCAACCGAGAGAUGAGAGGCACAUUGAAAAGACUUGCAUGGAGAGUCUUACGAAGGACACCCAACAUAACACAUUCAAGUAAUGGAGGCUUGGCGCUAGAAAGGAGGCGAUCCACUGCUCACAGAAUGAGCCAAGCUACAGAUAUUUCUACUUUGGGAAGUAAAGGCGACUCAAAGACAACCGUAGGGGUAUGCCCUACAGAUUUUUCAGCUUAA